AUGGAACCUGAAGUAGAGCCUUCUGAAGAUACUAAUUACAAGCAUUAUAUUGAGGAUGAAAUUUUGAGGAUUAAGACUGAGAACCCAAACAUGUACCUCAACAGGGAGGACUUAUUGGAGCUCAUGAAGAUCCCUUGCAGCAGUGAAGGUCUGAUCAUAGUUAGAUGUAAUAAGCAAGGAACUGGGUUCAAAAGAGAUACUUACAUAGAAAAAUACUGCAGUAAGUAUAUAACUGAGGGCGAAUUCAAGAAAGUUAUAGACAAGUGCUCUUACUUAAUGAAAAAGUUAUAUAGUCAGAAAUAGAUCUGCGGAUGCUAUGAAAACACCUUUGUAUUUGUUCUUAAUCUACCUUCUCUCUGCUUGCCUCCUUGGAGCAUACUUUUUCUUUGCCUGGAUAGCCCCAGAUAACAAGGGAAAUAUCACACUGGAUAUUAUUCAGUACAGCUGCUUGGCAUGAGCUAUUACGCUCAUGACAGUCAGCACUAUUAUGAAUUACAUGAUUGGUGGCUAUAUUUUUAAAUCAUAUGAAGAGCUAGUGAAAAGAACCUUGGACAAGUACCUUGAUAAACUUAAUAAAGAUAAAUUCCACGACAGAGGCCUUGAAUGGUACGUAACUCCUAACCAUUUCUGGAUGGAACUUAGAGUCCUAUCAGGUAGAGACAAUAGGAGAGCGAGUCAUCCAGCCAAUGAUUUUAUGAGCCCACAAUCUUCUGUCAUUGAUGAAGUUGUUGAUUUCAAUGAUGGCAAGGAAAACAAUAAGCGUCCAGUACCUAUGUUCGAAGAGAAAAAGGAGGAAGCUGCUAUUGAAUAUCAGAAAUUAGAUACAAAGAAUAAGAAAGAAAUGUCUAAAAAGUCAACAAACGCCCUCAAAUCACCACCUGAUACCAAGAAUGAGUCAAACGAUGAAAAUGAGUCAAGCAGGAACCAAAGAAAGGAAGAGCCGCUGGAGCUGGAAGAUUUAGAAGGCAUCGAGGAUCUUGAGGAUCAAAAUGCCUUCCAGAGCAGUACUCCAAAGGAUGGCCUAAGACGAAGGAAGCCUAAGAACACUAGAACCAACAGCGAUAACGAAACUGUAAGGCUGCCUGGAAAUCUGUUCAGUAAAGGGACUGAUAAUGAAGAGCUACAGCCAGAAGGAAAAAUUGAACAAGUUGAACUUGAGAAGAAAGUUUUUAGCACAUAAGGUGGCGCAGUGAGGUUUAAAGUGGCUCUAUUCG